CGAUCGUGAGGUGAGUGUCGAACGCCUAUUGAGUUGUGUAUUGAACGCCAUAUCUGUGUCUGUAAUGCGUUUGAAUGGGAGUCACAAUCAGUGUAUAUAUUGAAUGCCUUUUGUGUUGAAUUGAACGCCAAAAUUGUGGGCAGUUUUGCAAUCAUAUGACACAUCACUUAUCACUACAUAGACUACACACCACUAAACACUCCUCAAGACAUCACUAACCACUGAUCCCAUCCAUUGAGUCGAUUGUGACAGUCGUUGAUCCCAAACACAGAUAACAAGACAUCUCUUUGUGAGACAGACAGCGAUGGCGUCGCGUAAGAAAGUGCUCCUCAAAGUGAUUAUCUUAGGCGACAGCGGUGUGGGGAAGACAUCACUGAUGAACCAAUACGUGAACCACAAGUUCUCCAACCAAUACAAGGCUACUAUCGGUGCGGACUUUCUGACCAAAGAGGUGGUCGUCGACGACAGACUCGUCACUAUGCAG